AUGUCCCAGUCAAUAAACGUCUUAAACAAGAAUCACAGGAGAGCGGACCUGCCUGAUGGGAACACAGCUUUCUCUCUGGGUCAGUCCCAUGGCAUUGCGAAUCCCCACAUCUGUUGCUCAAUUUGUCAGCUGCAGACACUGAGCAGAGAGGGUAAGCUGGCACUGAGCCAGCUGCAGCAGUCAGGGCCAGCUGCUCCAUUCUGUCUGGAACUUCCUCUCUCUGCUGUCACCAGCACAAGUGACAAGUCUUCAGAUCUGAGCUCUGUUGAAUAUACUGAAUUUAGAUCCUGGCAAAAACAAAAAACAAAAACAUCCACCUCCCCCAAAAAAGCCCACCUUGAGAGUGAGAGGCCCGGCCAUGAGCCAACAGCUCAGACACCACUGGAGGAAACUUUGAGGCUGCUUGAAGCUGUGACUACAACCCCACCAGCUGUUGGGUUGAAAACUGUCAGCAACAAGGUUUCCAGUUGUGAGCAGCUGUUUCUGUGCACUAGCCCAUGUGUUGAGAGAAGAUGGGAAGAAAAGAAGCAACAUAUGUCUAAGAGCCAGGAGAAAGAGCAGAAGCAUGAAGUGCUGCUCCUUCAGAGCAGAGAGCAGUCUGCAGGAAUAGGAAUGACCCACAAUGGUUAUGGGACGAGAUUCAAAAUGAGGGUGUCUGACCCCCAAAUCCAGUCUCCAUCACAGCACUGCACCCCACUCUUUAAGGGGUUGUCUGACUCUGAAAUUCAGUCUCUAUCAUGGUCUCCACCCUACUCUAUGGUUAUCAGCCAUCAGGAGACCGAUGAGAAGGGAGAGAGAACAAAACUGUCCAGAAAACAUGUGGUGCCUGCACAUAAGACCUGCACUGGGGGUGUCAGGCAGAAGAAUGUGUUCAAGGCCAUAGGGAGACUCAGAUUCAGUCUCAAGGAAAUGAUUGAAGACAGCAAAGAGAGCAGAAUUCAGUCCUUCGGGCCUCACUCCAAACGGACCAGAGAGCCCUGACCAGGGAUAAUAAAAUAAAGUUGCUGUUA